ACAUAACCUUACAUUUAAUUAAAACUUAUUAAAAUCUGUUUUAAAAACCCGGUGAUUUUUGUUACAAAUGGGAAUUGAAUAAAACAAAUAUGAGAAGCGUUAAAACUUUCUUCGGACUAAACAGGACUAACCUGAUACUCCGUCGCAAUGUUACAACGAAAAAGAAAAUACCGAUUCCAGAUGAAGAAGAACAAUUACCAAUAUUCCAAUACCCAAUCAGUAAAAGCUCGGAUCGUCGGGUGUAUGUAUGGGGGAUGGCAGAGACAGGCGCUCUCGGCAUCCACAUGCCAGGUAGAGGCAAAAGAAGCAGGAAGUCUUACAGAAAUGAUUUCUCUCUUGUAUGGUAUCCCAUGAGAUCUAGUUUUUGUGAAAGAUUUGAUGUUACACAAAUAGCUUGUGGGUAUGGCUUCACAGUAGCUGCUGUAAAAACAAAUGAACAACACAAGCUGUUCGGUACCGGUAUUAACACAGACUCACAGAUUGGAUAUCAUGCACCGAGAAUGGGUCACCCUUUAGAGCUGUUGGUCAGCCCUGCCCCCAUUUAUAUCCCAUAUAAAUCAUUAGAAAGUAAGAUAGUGGAUUUAGCAGCUGGAAGAGCUCAUACAGUAAUACUAACAGACAAUGAAGGUGUGUACACACUGGGUAAUAAUGCUUAUGGUCAAUGCGGAAGGAAGAUUAACCCAAAAGAAGAAUACAGAGGGAGUAUGGUGUCACAUAAUAUUCAAAAACUGGGACAGGAAAAAAUUGUUAAUGUGUGCUGUGGACAAGAUCACACCUUAUUUAUGACAGAAUCAGGUAAAGUUUACUCUUGUGGAUGGGGUGCAGACGGCCAGACAGGACUCGGCACCUUUAAUAACCAGGCUAUUCCCGCUCUAGUAAAAGGUGAUAUCACGACUGAGAGGAUUGUUAAAGUGGCAUCUAGUGUUGAUUGCGUGCUGGCACUUAAUGAUAGAGGUGAGCUUUUUGGUUGGGGUAAUUCUGAAUAUGGACAAGUGCCAAUGCCUACAAAAUGUGAUCAAGUGAAUAUGUCACAUGCUUUAGUGCAGUUUACGAAGGGUCUUGGCAAGAUAGUAGAUAUCGCCGCGGGAGGUUCAUUUUGUCUCAUAGUUAAUGAGCAAGGUGAUGUGUUUGUUUGGGGAUUCGGUUUGCUGGGCUUGGGACCGAAUGUUCAGCAUUCUGUUACACCUAAACAGAUACCUCCAGCACUAUUUGGAAGGAACGAGUUUAACCCGCAAAGUGUGGUAGAGAUUGUUGCGUGUGGCAUUGGACAUUUAGCCGCUAUCACAAAUAAUGGAGAUCUAUACACAUGGGGCAGGAAUAGACAUGGCUGUUUAGGUUUAGGACACACUAAGGACCAACACUUUCCAUUAAAAGUAUCAAUUGGGGCUCAUGUGAUGCAAGUCAAGUGCAGUGUUGACCACACGGUUGCUAUGUGCAAGCCAUUUGUUUAGACAAAAAUUUAGCUUAAAUCUAUAAAUCUUAUUAGAAAUAAAAUUAUUAUUUACAAUUAA